AUGGAGAAAAGCAAGUUUCUGAUAAGUCUAGUAGUUGUAAUACUUGUGUUGCCGUAUGCAAGUCAUGCUACCUUGCGAGGACCUAAAGCUAAGAAGCACUUUGUGCUAGUGCAUACGGCAGGCCAUGGGGCCUGGACCUGGUACAAGAUUGUGGCAUUGAUGAGAUCGUCAGGGCAUAAUGUCACAGCUCUGGACUUGGGUGCUUCAGGGAUCAACCCGAAACAGGCCCUCGAAAUCCCACAUUUUUCUGAUUACUUGAGUCCGCUAAUGGAAUUCAUGGCUUCACUCUCUGCUGAUAAAAAAGUAGUUCUUGUAGGCCAUAGCUUUGGUGGACUCGGCAUUUCUAAAGCCAUGGAAACCUUCCCAGAUAAGAUUUCAGCUGCUGUAUUUCUCAGUGGUCUAAUGCCUGGUCCAAAUAUCAAUGCAACCACCGUCUACACUAAGGCAAUCAAUGCAGUAAUAACUCAACUUGGUACUCGUGUUACAUACGAUAAUGGACCAACAAAUCCCCCAACUACAGUCAUCCUAGGUCCACAGUACUUGGGAACUUAUAUUUAUCAACUAAGCCCAAUUGAGGAUUUGGCGUUGGCCACUACACUAGUGAGGCCAUUUUAUUUAUACAGCGCAAAAGAUGUUUCUAAGGAGAUAGUUCUUUCAAGAAAAAGAUAUGGAUCCGUUAGGCGAGUAUUCAUUGUUGCUCCUGAAAAUAAAGCUUUUAAGAUGAAAUUUUUAAGGUUGAUGAUUGAAAAGAAUCCACCCGAUGAAGUGAAAGAGAUCCAGGGUUCUGACCACGUGACAAUGAUGUCUAAGCCCCAACAACUUUACACUACUCUUCUGAGCAUUGCCAACAAGUAUUAA